GUCCACGUAUUCGUUUGCUGGGACCGAUUUUAGCAAUUGAAGCUGUUACCGGUGAAGAUUCCGGCGUCUACAAAUGUACGGCCAGCAAUGUAGGCGGUGAGGCAAGUGCCGAGCUACGUCUUUCGGUCGCUACACCCAUUCAAGUCGAAAUUCAACCAAAUAUACUAAGUGUCCAUAUGGGUGGUACGGCUGAGUUUCGUUGUUUGGUGACCAGCAAUGGCAGCCCGGUGGGCAUGCAAAACAUCCUAUGGUACAAAGAUGGCCGGCAGUUGCCAUCGUCUGGCCGCAUUGAGGAUACCCUUAUCGUACCACGAGUUGGUCGUGAAAAUCGUGGCAUGUAUCAAUGCGUUGUUCGUAGGCCGGAGGGUGAUACAUUUCAGGCUACUGCUGAGCUGCAAUUAGGAGAUGCCCCACCCGUUUUACUGUACAGUUUUAUUGAGCAAACAUUACAACCGGGUCCGGCAGUAAGUUUGAAAUGCUCGGCAGCCGGAAAUCCAACGCCACAAAUUUCAUGGACACUGGACGGUUUUCCACUACCAUCAAACGGAAGAUUUAUGAUUGGCCAAUAUAUAACGGUCCACGGUGAUGUUAUCAGUCACGUUAACAUUACCCAUGUCAUGGUCGAGGAUGGUGGAGAAUAUUCAUGCACUGCAGAAAAUCGAGCUGGACGAGUUCAACAUUCUGCGCGUUUAAAUAUUUAUGGUCUUCCGUAUAUUCGCAUUAUUCCCAAAGUUACAGCAGUCUCUGGGGAAACAUUAAAUCUGAAAUGUCCCGUUGCUGGUUAUCCCAUCGAAGAAAUUCAUUGGGAGAGAGGUGGACGUGAACUACCCGACGAUAUUCGACAACGUGUACAGCCGGAUGGAUCGCUGACAAUAUCACCGGUGCAAAAAAACACUGAUUCGGGCGUUUAUACAUGUUGGGCACGUAACAAACAAGGACACAGUGCUCGUCGCAGCGGCGAAGUGACGGUUAUUGUACCGCCGAAAUUGAGUCCUUUUCAAUCAGCACAAUUGCAAUUAAAUAUGGGCGACCGCGCAUCGUUGACCUGUUCCGUUGUCAAGGGUGAUUUGCCGCUGACCAUGUCCUGGCGCAAAGACAAUCGACCCAUCGAUGCCACCCAGCACAUGUCCGUCAAACAAGUGGACCAAUACAACAGCAUACUGGUCAUUGAAAACCUAGGCUCCGACCAUACGGGCAAUUAUUCGUGUGUGGUACGCAAUUCAGCAGCUGAAGUGGAAAACUCCCAAUCGUUAUUGGUUAAUGUUCCGCCACGUUGGAUUGUUGAACCAAGCGAUGCAAAUGUGGAACGGAAUCGUCAUAUUAUGUUGCACUGUCAGGCGCAGGGUGUACCAACGCCCAGUAUCGUUUGGAAAAAGGCUACAGGUAGCAAAUCUGGCGAAUAUGAAGAGGUGCGUGAACGGCCAUUUACAAAAUUACUUUCGAAUGGUUCAUUACUGUUGCAGCAUGUCAAAGAGGACCGAGAGGGAUUUUAUUUGUGCCAGGCCAAUAACGGCAUCGGUACUGGCAUCGGCAAAGUGAUACAAUUAAAAGUUAAUUCUUCGCCCUAUUUCCAAUCGACUUCACGUUCGGUGACGGUGAAAAAGGGUGAUACGGCAAUACUGCAGUGUUCGGUAAGCGGUGACAAACCGAUUAAUAUCGUUUGGAUGCGUUCGGGCAAGAGUACACUGAAUCCAUCGACAAAUUACAAAAUUUCAGUCAAACAGGAGGCAACGCCCGAUGGAGUUUCGGCAGAAUUACAAAUUCGCUUAGUUGAUGCCAGCGAUAGUGGCCCCUAUUUUUGUCGUGCCAGCAAUUUAUAUGGCAAUGAUCAGCAACUGGUACAACUAAUGGUACAGGAGCCACCGCAACCACCAACGGUGUUAGAAGCAGCCAUGAUCUCCAGUCGUUCGGUCAAUUUGAAAUGGCAGCCCAAGGUACAGAAUUCCGGAGAUGUUUCCAAAUACAUAGUGGAAUAUAAAGAGAUGGAUGCUACAUUCAUGGACCAAUGGCAGCACAUGGAAGUUAAGGAUCCACCUAGUUUCAAUGCCUUAAUUGAAAAUCUCAAGCCGGCAACUCGUUAUGCAUUUCGUGUAAUAGCUGAGGGUACUGCAGGUCGUAGUGCACCCAGUCAAGAGUUAGUAAUACGCACCGAACCACAAAGGCCAGCAGGGCCACCACUUAAUCUCUCAGUGCGUCCAUUGUCGUCGACGGAAUUACUUGUUAGCUGGAUUGCACCAUUGGCCGAACUGAGGCAUGGUGAUAUUCAGGGUUACAAUGUGGGCUAUAAACUGGCCAGUUCUGGUACAACGGCAUAUAACUUCACUUCAGUUUCGGGUGAUGGCGAUGGUGGUACGGGCGAAUUACUUUUGACUGGGCUUCAAAAAUUUGCCCGCUACAAUGUUGUGGUGCAGGCAUUUAAUCAAGUUGGACCUGGGCCUCUCUCUGAACCAGCUUCAGCACAAACUAUGGAAGAUGUACCCAGCCGUGCUCCCGAAGACAUACGCUGUGCCGCAUUGACAUCACAAUCCCUGCAAGUGUCAUGGCAACCACCACCGAUUCACCACACCAAUGGCAUACUACAGGGCUAUAAAUUGAUAUUUGAACCCAUUUUAGACGAUUAUUCUCCGAACAAGGAUGAAGUAGAGUCCCGCAAGACAACGGCACUGACAACUGUGCUCACGGGAUUGCGCAAGUUCACCAACUACAGCAUCCAGGUGCUGGCCCAUACACGAAUGGGCGAUGGUGUUCUUUCGAAUUCCAUUUAUUGCCACACCGAAGAAGAUGCUCCUGAGGCACCAGCCGACAUCAAAGUUGUUGUUAGUUCCCCUCAAUCUUUAUACGUUUCGUGGCUUCCACCCAACGAACCGAAUGGCGUCAUUACCAAAUAUAAUCUCUAUACAAGGGUGGUAAAUGGUCGCGAAGAACUGAAUAAUGAAAAGCGAAGUCUUCCCUCCCAGCAGUCUUAUUAUGAAGCCAAAAACCUACAUCCCCACAUGGAAUAUCAAUUUUGGGUAACAGCUUCCACACGUGUCGGUGAAGGUAAAAGUUCCAAGGUGGCUUCACAAAUUACCACAAAUCGUGUACCGGCACGUAUUGUCUCAUUUGGUGGGCCAAUUGUUAGACCAUGGCGUUCAACGGUGACACUAGCCUGCACUGCAGUUGGUAAACCCAAACGAGAAUGGUUUAAGACGGAUGUCCCCUUGCGACAGGGGGGUUUGCACAAUACCCAGUUAUUGGAUUCUGGUGAUUUGAUAAUAUCCAAUUUACAAGUAUCGGACAGCGGCAAUUACAGCUGCCAAGUGGAUAAUGGUAUUGGCACAGACCGCCUAACCCAUAUGCUUUUGGUACAAGUACCUCCUUCCGCUCCCGUCCUCUACGUAACAAGCGCUACCACCAGUAGUAUUCUGAUGCAUUGGAAAUGUGGAUUUACCGGUAAUGCUCCGAUAACGGGUUAUACCUUAUACUAUCGGCGAACACCAGGAAAUAUAGAAGAGAAGCAAUUGUCACGUCACGCUUCCAGCCAUGAAUUGAAGGGAUUGGUUUGUGGCAGUACAUAUCAAAUACACUUAACGGCCACCAAUAAGGUGGGCACAUCUCCGGCCAGUAUAACGUUACAUGUACGAACUCAGGGUCAAAGUCCGGGUGUGCCUUCAACUACAACGUUAAUAGCUCCCAACUCAACAUCGGUUAGCAUAAGAUUACAUACAUGGCCAGAUAAUGGUUGUCCCAUGUUAUAUUUUGUAUUACAAUAUCGUCCUGUCACGGAUGGCCCCGAAAAGGAUUGGAUAUUGGUGUCAAACGCCCUGAAACCACAGCGACGUUUUACCAUAUCUGGUCUCCAACCAUCGACACUAUAUCAAUUGCGCAUGGAAGCGCACAAUGUGGCCGGUGUGUCACAGGCCGAGUUCACAUUUGUCACACUCACCAAGGACGGUGAUCCACCCCCACCAGAGAUAGUGCAGCGCGGACAACGUGGCACGAAUGUAUUCUACGGAAAUGUCAACCUAUUGAUACCGAGCAUAGCUACCGUAUCUGGGAUGAUAUGCACCAUAGCACUGGUAUUCAUGUGCUACCGACACAAACAAACCGGACGCAUACAAAAGGAGUCGUUGGAAAAUCGCCAAAAUUCCGAAGCUGCACAGCGUGAACGUUACUAUGCCACAAUUCAUAAGGUUUCAAUGCAGAACAACGAUAAAAUUCCAGAGACCUCCGAGGAUAUUUCUCCUUAUGCCACAUUUCAGCUGUCCGAAAGUGGCAACAUGUCCCAACCACAUCACGCUGGCCCCGCAAAUACCUUGCUGCAUUCGUUUAUGUAUCACGAGCGUGCUCUGACGGAGGGCUGUUCGUCGACACCACCUGCUUCUUCCAAAAAUCGCCGACGACAUUCACGAAAAACCGAACCGGAAAGUGAAGAAUCCGAAUCGGAUCAGGAUCAAUUGACAUCAAGUCGUACCGAGUCUUCCAAUCAACAUGAAGGAAAAAUGAAGCAUAGUAUCAUCUACCAUGGGGCACAAUCAAGCACAUCCUCUGAUCUAUCACCAAUGUCCGAACAAAAAUCAUUGCCACGUCGCGGUCGUUCAAGGCCUGGAGGUGUUAUACGCACCCUGCAUCCAUUGCAGUUACAAGCUGAAUGCAAUGUAAUCCCCACCGGUGGAUUUCAUCAAAUUCCCGUCGAAGUGGCUCUGCCAUCUGCAACGGAACGCUCUGAUGUGGCACAGGUUGAAUGUGAUGUGGAAACAUUGAAGAAAUUAAAGUUGGGCCUAAGGUCAACGUUGUGGUCUAGGCCAGCUUCGACCACAUCGCAUUUGCUACAGCAACAACAGCAGCAGCAACAACAACAGCGGGCCCAAGAGAAUCGACCCAUAUCACAGCCCCAAUUGCAACAGUUACAUCAGCAGCAGCAACAACAACAACAGCAGCAGCAACAACAUCUCUCCCAAACACCUUCUCAACAACAGUUACCAGCCCAUGUUGCUGCAAUCAAGUCUCAACAAUCACCAUCCACAUCACAAAAACAACAAUUGCAACCACGUCAAAAUUCCCCAGCUCCCACCCAGAAACUUCUCAAGGAGAAGUCGGACUAUUCAAUAUCUGUGUGAAAUAUUUAUACGCCAUACAAGAGUUGAGCGGAUUUUCGUAGUCGUUUCCGUUUUCUAGCGAAACGUAUGCGAU